AUGUACUCUUCGAAGAGAAUGUACAGGAGCGCAUCACGUGUGGGUUGGACGCGCGGUGAUGUCGGCAUGGAGGCGGUGGUGCCGCUGGCGCUGGUGUGCGCGCUCGCGGUGAGCGUUGGCGGCGUGGGGGGCGCACCCAACUCCACGCGCCGCAGAGACGCACUACCCGACGAGCCUAUCCUUCCUGAUGAGGAGGACGACAUCGACCACCGCCUCGAUUACUAUGACGAGGAAAGACUUAAUAUUUCCGAGAAGGGCCGCUAUUUGGGUUCGCCAUGUGAGUUCACUUGCAACCCGAAACUACUUCACGUGUUUUGCGACCCUCGGAGCCAAAGUUGUCAGUGCGAUCCAAAACACAACGUGGCUCUUGGUGUUGCAAAGGGAUGCGCUAAACCUCGGAAACUGGGCGAGCAGUGCUUCUACCAGCAGACUUGUCGGUCGUUCGAUCCUCACUCAUCCUGCGUGCAGGUUAACCACAAUGCUUACUGCCAGUGUGACUCUGGUUACCACAUCACGUCACAUUCAAGGCCUACGCAGCGGAUGUUUUGUACUGAAGAUAUGGUGUUGCUGGCGGCCGACAUGCCGACGCUGCUUGGCGUAGCGUCGGGUAUCUUCGUGCUAGCCGGCCUGCUCUGCAUGGUGCUCCAUCUGUACACGAGGGCGCGUUUCCAUCCCACACAUUUGGCAGAUGCGCAUCUCACUCCUCCCUGUUUAUAUUCACUUAACGAUACAGGUGGGACUUUGAGCGCAACGCGCCCCUCUUCGAGGGCGUCUUCGCGCAGCGGAUGCACGAGCGGUAUGAUGGAGCUGGAGUCGAACGGGUCGCGGCGCACGUCGAGGCGGGGCGUGCAAGUGUCUGCUUCGCGCGCAGGUUCGCGACGUCCAAGUAUAAGCUCAGUUCAAAGCAGUUCUUCGUCUAUUCGGAGUUAUAGUGCGAGAAGAUGGGAGAGGGAUAGAGAACUGAAAGAGAAGCGACAGAUGAGCAUGCGCCUCGCUCAGCUGCAUGAUAAAAUGCAGGCGGGAAGAGAUAUUCCUAAACACGCGCCGACACCGUCUCCUCGCUCUCCCAACAACUCUACAGAUGGACUGCUACCGUCUGUAUGUGAAAUUAGAGAAUUAGUGACAAAUCCAGAUCAACCGCUACAAGGUGUCGAUGGACCUUGUUCGAGUUCCUCACUUUACUGACAUCAGAGGCGAUCGAAAGUUCGUCGAUCCUUAGACUCCUUAUCCUCGGACGGUUCCCCCGCCAUCGCAUGGAUGUAGACCUGUGAUCACACCUCGCUUACGAGUGAAAAUGAACGUUGUUAUUAGUGAAAUAUGAGUGUAAAUAAAAAAGACUAAAGUGGCAGUCGCCAAGUUCGGAAAUACAAUCGAUCGAAAGCAUCACCGAAAACUUAAUUUCGUAAUAAACAUUGUUUCUCUAUCUCAAUGCGAACGCUUUGCAAUGAACUAAGUAGAACAUAUUACAUAGUAUAAGGUAAAGUUAAUAUACCUACUUUAAAUUCAACUUGAAAUAGACGUGUACUAAAUGAAUUUAACCCCUAAACAAUAACUACAUCUGACAAGUUAAAUUAUAAAAGUAUAGUCAAUAAAAUCAAUGUCUCGGUACAAUAAUAAUUUAGUAACUACGCGAAGAAAAGUGAUGAUACUUUGUCAUAUACAGAAGUUUUAUACAAGCUUCGCCUAAGGCCUUUAAUAACACCUUUGAAAGUUACGUGAUUUUUUUUAUUCGUCAAUAAGCAAAUUUAAAAUAAGAA